AUGCUCGCCUAUCAGACGCAUGGCGAUAGUUCGGCACCUCACCGCAAGCUCCAAGGCAUGCUUUCUGCCGAGCCCACCACCAGCUCCUGUCACAAUCGCUACUCUUCCAUCAAAACGAAGUGCCAUGCUCUUACAUUUUCAAAAAUCAGUGAUCAAAACACGCUCCGAAUCAUGUGGAUUGCUGGGAAAGGAGCAACACUGGUGCAGGCUAUCCGUGAAGAAGCUGAUCUUUUAUUAUUUUGA